AUGUUGUUGCUGGAGACAGCAGCAGCAGCAAAGACAACGUCGGCAGUAACUGCAACAGCAACGGCAACACACACGCCAAUCAUUGCUGCACUUGCAACAACUCCAUUGCCGGCAACGGCCACAGCAACAACAACAGGUGUUAAUGUUCAAAUUACUGCCAAAGGCGUUGCUCGCUACGAGUCUUCAGUCAAUGAUCAACUGCCAGCAGCCGCAAAUGUGGCCGCAUCUGUUAAUUAUGCCGCAUACGUAGCCCAUUUGAAUGGCCUAAAACACAACAGCAGCAACAUCAGCAACAGCAACAACAACAACAACAACAACGUCAGCCAAAGCCCACCUCCUUAUGAGAGCAGCCUGCUCCCACGCCAGCCUCACAUUCAAGUCAAGCAGGAAUUCAUGGAACCAGCGGAGCACAUGGAGCAUCCCACCGGAAUGAAUCACAUAAAUGCCAACAACAACAGCAACAACAACAGCAACGGCAGCAAUAAGCAAACAGCCAUGGCAAGCUGUCGCACGAAAACAAUGCCGAGUCCCUGGUAUAUGCGGCCCAUUGGAUAUCAUAAUUAUGACAACAGCAACAACAAUAAGGAUGCUGAAUUGUUGAACUAUGUGGCAGCUAGCAGUCAGGCGGCGUUGCCACCCUUUGGCGUCGGGCUCGGACUGGGUGUAGGCGUGGGCGUGGGCCUGGAGCCGCAGACAUGUCUGCCAUAUUUUGGCUACGAAACAGCAGCCGUCACGGCGAAGGCGCACAAAUUGCUGCCAGAGUUUUUGAUACCAUUGCAUGAAAUUAUGUUUCAACAUCAUUAUCAACAACAACAACAGCAGCAGCAGCAGCAACGACAGCCACUGGCUACAACAGCAACAGGAAGCACAAUAAAUAGUCUGCCCGGACUAACGUAUGCUAAGACAGAGACAUUAGCCAGCGCUAGUUGCUAUGCAACAAAGUCAUUAACCCCACAGCAACAACAGCAACAGCAACAACAGCAACCUCCACGUCACAAUGGCGAGCAGCAAUUCGUGCGGCAUUUUCACGAACGGGAUCGCCUCAUACGCGAGCAUCAACUGCAGCGACUGAGAGAUGUUGCCGAGCCAAGCAACAAGGACGAGCCACAGGAGCAGGAGCAGGAGCAGGAGCAGCAACAGCAGCAGCAGCAGGUGGAGUCGAAUGGCCAUAAAAAUCAUUGGCAUGGUGUCGUCUAUGAUGGCAAUGGCAAUGCCAUGACAGCAACUCCCAAGCACAACAGCAACAAUAGCAAUAACAACAACAAUAGCAGCCCACCAACAACCUUCGCCUUGGCUGCUGCUGCCGCCACUCCGAACAAGGAGUCGCACAUUUACGAGCAGCCGAAUGGUCAACUUUGUUGCGCUGGAAACCCCGACAGCCCCACCACAGCAACACCCGCAGCAGCCGCACCUCCAGUAACAACAAUAGCAGCAACAGCAACAACAGCAAUUACAACAGCAGCAACAGCAGCAGCAGCUACGAACAAAGUAUUGAGGCAUGACGAAGAGGAAGAAGAAGAUGAAGACUAA